AUGUGGACGGCCAUGAUGAUCUCGCGCAAUCGGUCCCCGUCCAACCGGGACAAGGUGUCGUCGGACGUGUACAACAUCAUCCGCUCCUUCAGCUGGGAGCACCCGGACGACCCGAUGACGCGCACCAACCUGCGCUGGCGCUUCACCGAGGCGCUGCAGCUGCUGCACCAGGAGCAGCGCAUGAACCCCGUCAAGAGGGACUAUGUCCUCGACCAGAUCGACGGGCUGCUGCGGCCAAGGUUCCUCCACCGGCCUGGAUGGCGUGUGAUUGCCGUGUUUCGGGAGUGUGUGGAAUCAUGGUGCAAUCGCCAGAUGGCGCUGGCCCAACAGCAACGCGACUGUGCGGAGGAGGGACAGACGUCGGAGGGGAAAGAGGGACGACAUGGCGAGGCACCGAAGGGCAGGGCCAACAAGGAUGGCGCAGCAUGCAGUCAUGAGGCGGCGCUGCGAGACGAGGAUUUGCGGAAGAUGGACAAGGUGUUUGAGGAUAUUGAGGCGGAGGAAGCGUCGCGCAGGAAGAUGAAGCUGACCAACUUGAUAACGUGA